AUGCCGACACGCGACGCGCGCGGGGGACGGGCCGAAACACGAACCCCUGAACCUCCCGACCGCGACGAACGCGAAGAAUCACCACCACGGCUACGACCCAAACGAGUCACCAGACCACCGAAUAACUAUGCCCGGGAACAGGAAGAGGAAGCCACAAGAUAUGCGCUGGGCAGUCAAACUGAACGCCGAGGAAGAGGCAGACCAAAGACCCGCAAUGAAACCGCAGCAGAGCGCGUUAACAGCUCAGAGGACGAAACAGAAACCGGCAACAGCAACCCGCAAACGACUGAACUACUCGCAGAGUUAGUCAAGUUACGAAGAGAAAUCAAGAGGAGGGAUGAGACCCACAGAGCAGAAUUAAGGGAAGUCAAAACUCAGUUUACGGAAGCUCUUGCUGGAAUGCAACAGGAACUAGCGGAGCUGCGUAAUGAGUUGGCCACCUCCCAAACCAACCAUGACGAGACACUUCGCGAAAUCCAAUCCCUACGUACCUCUAUAACCACCCCAGAUUCUACGAACAACCUAUCCUAUGCAGAUGUCGCCUGCACCCCUCCAACCAGUCAGCCAAGCAACAUAUGGACUCUGUCAUUGUUUAACACGACACCGACCACCUUCACCGAUACGCUAUAUUGCACGAUAGAUACCUCGAAUGUGGCUGAUAAUGGAACGAGAGAAUGUCCGCAGGCCCGAUUAGGGCAGCAGUGGAGAAAGAGAUCCGGACAAUAG